AUGACACAAACACAAUUGUCGCAAGAUGAAGCUGCAGCUAUACAUUUAUAUACAAUGGAGACAUUAGUCUAUCCACUUUUAAAUUCAAAAUUACGUGAACGUGAUCGAGAACAAUUGAAGCCAUGGUUCGCAUAUCUUAAACUCUUAUUAACGGCACUUUUUAAAUUACCAUUAAGUACAAAUAAAAUAUUAUGGCGCGGUGUUAAAUUAGAUUUAAGUAAAAAAUAUAAAAUAGGUGAAGAAUAUGUGUGGUGGUCAUUUACAUCAUGUACAACAGCAAUGAAAGUUUUGGAUAGUGAUUUAUAUUUGGGUAAAAACGGUGUUCGCACGUUGUUUGCUAUUGAAUGUAUAAAUGGACGUUCCAUAGUUGAUUAUUCAUAUUUUAAACAAGAAGACGAAAUUCUUCUUCUGCCUGGUACAUAUUUUCAAGUUGUUGACUAUUUAAGUCCAAAUUCAACGAAUGAUCUUCAUAUUAUUCAACUGAGACAAAUUGAACCGCCAGUUAAUUUCUUACAGCCACCAUUUAAUGUUACGCAAGAGCAGCAACCAACGACUAUGCAACAUGUUCCAAUGGCAUCAUCAAAUGAUAUGAUUGUUUUCACUAGUUCUCUUCAACAAAUGUCAUUAAACAAUCAGCAAUCGUCAACAACAUCCAUAGGCAGCGCACCAUCAUCUCUAUCGAUAAAAGGUAUUUCAGUUAUCUAA